CAUCUGUUCUUAGUUGUCCGACAUUGUCAAGCAUGGCUGAGCACUCAGUGAUUAUUCUUCUCUUGGCAGUUUGCUUUUUUCUGGGAUCAUCUGAUGGGAGGACAUUGGAGAAUAAAGUUUCUAAUGUUCGCAAACUCGCUGAUGCAAUCAACGCAACAAAUCCUAAAGAUGUACAAGGGUUAGCUGCACUUGUUCUUCAAUUCCAAGCUCUGGCACUGAUUGAUGGAUCUGAUGACCCUUGUCUUCCAACCAAGUGGACUUGGAUCGAUUGCAGCAAUGAUGCCUCACCUCGUGUAACAGCACUGUAUCUUAGCAAUCAAAAUUUGUUUGGAUUUCUUCCAGAUUUUAGUACAAUGGUUGCCCUUGAGACAAUAGAUAUGGACAAUAACCUUUUAACAGGAUCCAUUCCUAGUUUUCUGGGGACCUUACCAAAUCUAAAAGAACUGAAUUUGGCAAAUAAUUUAUUUAGUGGACAAGUUCCAGCCUCAAUAUUGCAGAACAAGAAGUUGAAUACAGAUUUAACUGGAAAUCCUGCAUUGUUCUACCAGACACCAGAGGGGAACAGUCCCGGUUUUGGAGAUACUUCUGAAACCCCUUAUGUCUAUACAACAAGAAGAAAGAAGAGAAGCAAACUACCAGCAAUUAUUGGGAGCACAAGUUCAGUAUUUGUUGUUUUUUGGGUUGUCGUUGGAGCUAUCGCAAUGUUCCGCCACAAAGCAAAGACAGCAGAGGCAGUUGCACAGGCUACAGCACCAGGUCAAAAUGCUGGAGCCAACAAGCACGCAGAGAUAACGGAAGAAACGCCUAUCAAUGCCCAAUCCGGUGCUGCAAAUCCUUAACUAUGCUAAUAAUUCACGUUCUUCAAUUCUCUCAGCCUUAGUUUAUCUUUCUCCUGUUCCCUAAUUAUGUGUAGAGGAUUGGCUCAUGUUAUUAUUAUCUUUUCCUCUUUUCAGUGUUUUUUUCUUUUUUCUUCUCUUUUGGUAAUCUAUGUAAGCUUUCCAAGUUAUCCUUUCCAUA